AUUCUUUCCCAUGGCGCCAUUCGAGUCCACGGCUAUGGCGGCAUGGCUGCCGUUGGUAGUGUCGCUCGUGACAUCGUGCGCCACCAUGUACUACGUCCAUCUGAUGCAAGGCUCGAUCACUCGUAGCGAGACAGAUCCAAAGAGCGAACCUGUACCUACAGCGACGGAACAAUCGUCCGAGCGACGGCAGCGUCGUCGCGUCAAUGUCAACUGUUUGGCGCUGGCUGAUGUGCCAACUGUGCUGCGCCCGUCGUUUUACUUUCGACACCUCCAGGAUUUCAAGCACUACGACCUAUUCCAGAACGCCACGAAUGUGUUCAGUGUCCUCGACAGUCUCCAUGGGUACGUCGAGCAGUGGCUCCAAUCGAACGUUCCCGACAUUGGGAUCCAAGCAAAAACCUCCGUGAAAACAUGCAAAGUCGGUGAAGUGACCUUGACGUGUCCCGACCCAUCCGUUGCGAACGCGUGCACGAUCCUCAACUACGACACGACAACGACGCGACGAUUGUGCCUCGACGCGGGCGUCCGCAUCCUAGGCGGUAUCCUCGACGUCACGGACGGGUCCAUCUUCCUCGGAAAGAAUGUCGUCGUGGAGCCCAAUGUGUGCAUAAAAGGACCCGCAAUCGUCGGGGACGGCACUGUGCUUCGUUUUGGUGCGUACCUUCGGGGCGACGUCAUAAUUGGGAAGCACUGCGUGAUACGCAGCGAAGUCAAGCACAGCGUGAUCAUGGACCACGCAGAGCUGUGUCAUCCUGGCUACUGUGGCGACAGUUUGUGUGGGUACAAGAGCCACUUUGCCAACCAGGUCUCGACCGCCAACCUCGCGCUGUUUGCGUCAACCAAAUCUCUCUUUGUGACGGUGAACGACGUCGAGUACGACACCGGACGACGCAAGGUUGGCGUCGUGCUGGGGGACUUCAGCCAACUCGGAUGCAACGUCGCGACCGACCCAUGCACCCUCGUUGGGGUCCACACGUCUGUGUACCCUCUCACGCGCGUCAAUAAAGGCGUGUACGGCCCCAAUGAGAUCGUUAAAAACAAACCCCUCGAGCAUGGAGUCAUUGAACGCGCCAAGGUGCGCGGCGCCGAUGCCACAACCGAAUGAACGUGUUAACCUGUCAACCCGGUCAACGUGACAACUAUCUUGCGAUUGUGGCCGUGUCCCCAGCCCCCGACGUCGCGGUGUUCGCACAAGUAAAUGCCUAAUGCGAAUUUCGAGCUGUCUUUAUUGAAUGGAACGUACCUUGCCA